AUGCCGCGUAGGCCAUCGCUGGCAUAUCACGCCUGCGAGCUCUGUCGGCAGAGGAAGCGAAAGUGCGAUGGAGACGGCGCGAGCGCUUGCAAGGCUUGCCAUGACGCCGGCGUCGACUGCGUCUAUCUCACGCCCACGCGCAUCUCCAAGGCGGACUUGCGGGAUGAGGUAGCCAGGCUGCAGACAGUCAACUCGGAAAAUAAUGCUCUGCUCGACGCCAUCUCAUCUCGCAAGACGAGCCCCGCGCAGCUAAGCGACAUCCUGCAACGCCUUUCCAACGGCCACUCGCGCGCCGACGUCGCCGAGAUGAUAGCACAAAGCCCCGGCAGCCGUGACCGAGACAGGGACGGAGACGGAGACAGCCGUGGCGGCUCCUCGGCUUCUAUCCGUACCUCGGUAUCGAGUCCCAAGACCCUCCUCUCCAGCGUCCAAGACAGCUGCCCCAAGAGCCCCCUCCCCGCGAGCGUCGCGACGCCCCCCAGGGCCGCGUCGUCCCCCACGCGCUCACACGUCCAAGCCAACCUAGCCUACUACAGGUCGCAGCUCCCGCAGCUCCUUGACUUCAUACUCGCCCGGGACUGCCUCCCAUUCUGCCCUAUCAGCAAAGCCCACCUCAUGCGCGACCUCGAGUCCGGCGCCGGGCCGCACUGCUCCCCGGCCCUCCUGGACGCCCUCCUCGCCCUAGCGACUGUAGUGGCUCGGGAAAAGAUGGCGGCCAUCGUGAUUCCGCGCGUGCACAGCGGCGACGACGUCAGGCAAGGGCGCCUCGGCGACGCAUUUGCGCGCGAGACCAUAGCCGCCCUGUACAACGGGUCCGGGCUGCCCCAACGGAUCGCCGACAUCCAGGCCGUGGGGAUACUCGCACUGUACUGCCUCAACUGCGAAAAGAUCAAGGACGGUAUAGGCUUUGCCGGUGAUUUUGGCGCGGCUAUUGCCGACAAGUGGGAGGCCGACCGUGCACAGCCCGACUGUGUUGAUCGACAGACGCUCACCAGCACAUAUUCUGCUGCCUUGUCGCUCAACAGAUUUCUGCUCUUAAUCCAGGAUUACCACAAAUCCUUGGAUGAACUGGCCAUCAAAGUCGGGAUGGACAAGUCCCCGCUGUGUAAUAGCAGCAGCCCUGAUACCACAAUAUCCAAAGCCAACCUCUCCGGUUCAAUCAUAGAUAAUGCCUUCUUCGCGCGAGACCCGAGUCUGCUGCCCAACAGCCCCAAGGUCAUCGCCGCCAAGCUCUUCGAGUUUACCGAAUGGUUGUACAAGGCCAGGUUUCUUUCCGAGAAAACCUUCGACGAGGCAAUCAAGGUGUACCAGAACGGCCUUCGCUGGUAUGAAUCCUUCUUCGCCUACACCAGCAGCCCGUCCUACGAGACGCCGUUGAUACUAUUUUCCCAGUUAGUCCUCACAACCCACCCGGCCACGGAGUCUUGCGCGUAUUAUCAGUUUGGCGUCAUGUGUCUUCUGACACCAUACGUUCUCGAAUCAGCCGCCAUCACUUCGGACGGGACUCUGCCCAUUGUAGCGUGCAGGCAGGCGGUGAGCAUCAUCAAGCAGCUGAUCCAGCACUACAGCCAGCUGUACAACGACGAGCAGCUCCUCGACUUCAUGCCGUUCUUCAGGACGGCGGCCCUUGCAUUUUUGGAAAUUUGCGAUACAAAGAUACCAACGGAAAUUUGA